UCACUGACCAUCAUACUUCUUGGUCUUGCCGUUUUCAUGAUAGCACACGCCGACUCCCUCAUACUUCUCAACAGCCCACUGCCCCUCGUAGAUCUUCUUCUGCCCGUCCAUGUCGGUCUGCUUGCCGGGGCCGUGCGGACGGCCGUUCUUGACGCGGCCAUAGUAUUUGCUGCCGUCAUCCAGGAUGAGCUCGACGGGCUGACGCUCACUCGCUGCACGCAGCUGAGCCAACUCGGCCUCAAGCUGCCUGUUGCGCUGUUCUGCCUGCUCCAGCUGCCGUGUGAGCAUCUCCACCAGACGAGCCUGUGUCCUCAUGUGUUGUUCGGCCUGCAUGCGGAUCUCCCGCUCGGCCACGUCGGUGAAGGCACUCGACGAGGCGGCAUCAGGAAGAGUGAGGUCCGCAAGCUGACCCUCGAGCUGCUCAAGCCGCCGACGCAGCUCCUCCAUCAUCAAGUUGCGGCGCAAACGAUGCUGCUGAGUCGG